UUUCGUACGAUAAACAAUUCAAAAAUAAUUCAUAUACGCAGACAAAAAUUUAAUCUUUUUAAAACAUUUUUUAUAAUAAUGGACAGAAUGAGUUCGAAGCAUGGGACUUCUAAACGUUAUCAGAAUGUCGACAUUGUCAACGAUCACCCGAGAUGGGAAGAGUACAAGUUUGAUAGACUGGACACUUCCCAUAGGGUGAAGAAGAAGUAUUACCAACGCAGAUCUAUAAUGCGCAAAGAAGGCCAGAUGAACAUUGCAUUCAGAGGACUGUCUAAAAAAGGAAAACGUUUUCUCAAAGACGUUUAUUCUAACUUGAUAGAAGUCCCGUGGAGAUACGCGCUCUUUGUUUUCUUCGGCGGGUAUUUCGCGUGCUAUUUCGUCUUUGCGGUUCUUUACUGGAUGCUGGGCUAUAUCCACGGAGAUUUCCACAACCUGCAGAACGCGGACUGGGUUCCGUGUCUAGUUCAUGUGACGUCAUUCUGGGACUGUUUUCUACUUUCCAUGGAAACCCAGUCGACCAUCGGUUACGGAACGCUUUACCCCCACCCAGACUGCGGCGGUUCGGUUCCUCUGGUGUUCCUGCAGAUGACUAUAGGCUGGUUUUUGGAGACGGUGCUCUUGGGUUUUAUUUUCGUCCGUCUAGCGAAGCCAAAGGAUCGGCGGCGGACCCUGGUGUUCAGCAAAAGCGCUGUCGUCUGCAAAGAAGAUGAUGAAAUCUGCUUGCAGAUCCGCGUCGGUGACUACAGGGAGACGCAUCUGAUUGAUGCCAGUCUGUAUGGAAUGCUGGUAGAGAAACAUGUUGCGAGCGACAAGUAUGUGUAUCCUUUGUACCAGAAAAAGCUAGAGUUCAGUGCGCACGGAAUGAAUCAAGUGUUUCUGAUAUGGCCAUUGGUAUUCAGGCACAAGAUCAACAAGGACAGUCCAAUGUGGUCCGUCAGGCCAGAUGAACUACUGCUGGACAAAUUUGAGAUCAUCAUUUUUCUAGAAGCUACCAUCGAGACCACGGGAGAACUCGUUCAGGCCAAGACGUCUUACACAGCGAAGGAGUUGAUUUGGGGUCACAGAUUUGCGAGGAUUGAAGAAUUUGACGAAAGGAAUGAAAUUUGGUGCAUUGAUUUCGUACGAUUUGACAACAUUGUCCCCAGCAUCACUCCCAAAUGUAGUGCUGAAGAAUUGCAACGGUCAAACACUGAACAAGAUUCUAGUACUUCAGAGGGUAAUGAGACAAAAUAUGGUAAAAAGGACAAACCCAUACAACCGCUUUCUGAGAUUGACAAUGUUGACAACACAUCUACGAUAUCCCUGACGUCCGAUGGGUCAGGUUUCAGUACGGCAUCCGACAGCAGCAACAUUGCCAGUAACAGGAGAAAAUCUACUUCGAGUGAAUAACCUACAACAGAUGGAAAGUGGUACAGAAUUAAGACUUUAUUUCAUAUAUAAUGGACGUGAGUUGUGGAUGGAAAUUGUUUACAAAAUUCCAAAAAUGUGUCAUAUAAUUAAGUAUAUGUAAACUAUACACUAUAUGU